AUGCCGACGCCGACGCUGACAAUCGAGUCUGGGAUCGAACCUGACAACGAGUUGGAUGCUAAAGACACGUUCUUCAACGAAAUCAAGUCCCUAAACGAAGUGGGUAUUUCACCAUCAAGCGCAUUAGAUGAAAGAUUUAAAUACUCGAAGUAUGCAUUUAGUGUAACCGAAGUGGGUAUCUUUCCUUUGAGCUUAUUAUCUGGGUUCGGUUCCAAUGGAGCUUCACCAAUAGUCGUUAUCAGCAGAUUCAGUACAGGUACAUCCCUAUUUGUAGAGAAACCAGAUAUUCUAAUAUCACCAAAUGGCGACUUCUCUGCUGGCUUUUAUUCCGUGGGUGAUAAUGCCCAUUGCUUUGCCAUUUGGUUUAGCGACUCACGCACCGUAGUUUGGAUGGCAAACCGUGACAACCCAGUUAAUGGAAAGCACUCAAAGCUCUCUCUCUUCGAUACAGGCAAUCUCAUCUUAACUGAUGCCACUAAGGUAAAUGUCACCGUUUGGGCCACAAACACUGUCUCACUCUCCUCAGUCCAAUUAUUUCUCAACGACACCGGUAAUCUUGUUCUAUGUGACAAGGAAGGUAUUGUUUUGUGGCAAAGCUUUGACUUCCCUACAGAUACCCUUCUUCCUCAACAACUACUCACUAGAAAAACAAAGCUUGUCUCUUCAAGAAGCCAGACCAAGUUUUCCUCUGGUUUCUAUGAGCUUUCCUUCAACAACGACAACCUUCUUCGCUUUGUUUAUAAUGGCUUAGAUGUUUCUGAUAGUUAUUGGUUUUAUUCAGGGCAUGAAGAUUACAAUAUUAGCACACUUGUCUUUAAUUCCUUAGGGAAUUUAAGUCCAUCCGAUGAUUUUACCAUUUUGUCAGCCGACUAUGGAGCAAUGCUUCAUAGAAGAUUGACACUUGAUUACGAUGGUAAUAUUCGAUUGUACAGUUGGGAAGAGGAGAGGCAGAGUUGGGUUGUUUCAUGGCAAGCCAUUCAGAGACCUUGCAUCAUUGCUGGUGCUUGUGGGGCUAACAGUUUUUGCAGUUACGUUACUGGUUAUGGCAGGAAAUGUUCCUGCCCAUCAGGAUACAAGAUGAAAAAUCGUAGCGAUUGGGCUGAUGGCUGUGAACUCGUAGUUGAACUCUCUUGCAAGGAAAAUGAGUCGGGGUUUCUGAUGUUAUCCCAUGUUGACUUUUACUCGUAUUACGGGAAUGAUUUUGGGAACUUCCUCAAUUACACAUUUGAUCAAUGUAGGGAUCUAUGUUUGGCAGCAUGUGAUUGCAUAGCGUUCGAAUACAACUUCAACAAGGAGGCUGGUUAUUCAAAAUGUUAUCCUAAGACACGAUUGCUAAAUGGGUAUCGUUCGCCAGAAUUAAAUGGAGACGUCUAUCUGAAACUACCAAAAAGCUAUAUCUUGUCCCACCACAAUCCUCUAGAAAAAUUCAAUUUAAAUUGCUCAGGUGAUGGUACACUACAAAGCGGUAAAAACAGCACAGAGAAAUUCAUGCUCUGGUUUGCUUGUGGAGUGGGUGGACUUGAAAUCAUCUCUCUCUUUCUGGUGUGGUGUCUUUUCAUCAAAAUCGAGAAAAGUUUAGGUGUUGACAAGCAAGCCUAUGAUCGUGCUGCCAUCGGAUUCAGAAAAUUUACAUAUACAGAACUAAAAAAGGCCACAAAGAAUUUUAGUGAAGAGAUUGGAAGAGGUGCGGGAGGAAUUGUCUACAAAGGGGUGUUGUCUGACAAACGAGUUGCCGCAAUCAAACUUCUCAAAGAAGCCAGCCAAGGAGAAGGUGAAUUUCUAGCUGAAGUAACCAUCAUUGGAAGGAUUAACCACAUGAACUUAAUAGAGAUGUGGGGUUAUUGUGCAGAGGGAAAGUAUCGGCUUUUAGUGUAUGAGUAUAUGGAGCAUGGUUCUUUAGCAGAUAACCUUUCAGCCAAUGUACUUGAUUGGGAAAAAAGGUUCAAAAUUGUUGUGGGCACUGCAAAAGGCCUAGCCUAUUUGCAUGAAGAUUGCUUGGAUUGGAUUUUGCAUUGUGAUAUAAAGCCUCAAAAUACCAUGUUAAAUUGGUUGUUAUGUACUGCUGGAACAUUGAUACAUGCAAGCAUCAGAAAGAGUCUUGCUCAAAGUUUUCGUCCACAACUAAUUGAAGGGAGCAUAUAUACAAUUACAAAUUUCUUAGUAGAAGAAUAUAAAGGGAACUAUCGUCCAGUACAUAACGAUCUCAAAAUACUUUUUAAUUCAACAACUUCAGUCACAAAAUUCAAAGGAUUUGACCAUUCAAUACCUCAGGUCCAAUUUGAAUUUGCUGAUUAUGGAACAAUAGCUUCCCGUUGUUAUAACACAACUUACUUAACUGAUGUGAUUGGCAUAUUGGACUACAUUGGAGCCAUUGAGGAGAUCAAAACAAGAGGGCGUCCAACAAAGAUAAGAAACAUUCAACUGUUGUUAGAAGAGAACAAAUCUGUUCAAACAACUUUAUUGGGAAAUACUGCACAACAAAUAGAUGAUGAUUUCUACAAAACAAAUAAAGGGCCAUUCAUAGUAAUAGUCACUUCAACUAUAGUGAAAACUUUCAGAGGUCAAUAUCAACUAUCAUCCACUUUUGCAACAAAGCUGUACGUAAAUUUAAACAUUCCAGAAGUUGCAGAAAUGAGAAACAAAUACAGCACAAAAGACAUAAACGUAAAAGAUAUACUGCCAAAGGGACUCCCUAAAAUUCAAGAUGCAGAACUGGCCUUACAUAAUAAAAAAACAGUUGUUGAAAUAAAGAACUUGGAAUGGAACUUAGAGACAAAGAACUUGAUGGUAACAUGCAAUGCCAAAAUCAUUAAUAUCAACAACAAAUAUGGAUGGUAUUAUGUUGCAUGCCUUAUAUGCAAGACGAAAGUGAAACAAGUCAAAGGAGUUCUAUGGUGUGAACGUUGUAAAAAUGAGCCAAAAUUUGCAGUCCCAAGCUAUAGAAUACAAGUCCAAGUACAAGAUGAGACCGGCUCAACCACAUUCAUAUUGUUUGACAAAGGAACUGAGAAAAUUAUUUCUAAAACUGCAAAAGAACUUGCAGAGAUGCAAGAAGAGAUGUUGAAAUUAGAUGAGAAUAUUUUACCAAAAGAGAUUCAAAAAAUAAUUGGCAAUGAAUAUUUGUUCCAACUGCAUCUUGAUGAAUAUAAUUUGAAGUAUGGAAAAGAAAAUUACACGGUCUCAAAGAUUUUGGAGAUGGAAAUUUCACAUAAGCAAAAAAACUCAAGUAAAGUUGAAGAACAUCAGGUGAUUGAAGCAUACUUACUUCACCUUGCUUACAAUAUGAUUCAAACAUUAGUCUACACAUAA